GUGCAAACUGAAAAAGGAAAGAAUUUAAAAAUAAAAUUGAAAUCCAUGUAAUAGAAGAAUACCAAUCCACGUAGGAAAAGGAUUCAUUUGUUUGCGUAUAAAAUGAGGCAAAUUCUGAUAAAUCCCUCACCUAACUGGUUCGUUUGUUCUUAUUUGAUUUUGAAAUUCGUUCUUCUCCUUUAAUUCCCAAUUGUCUUGCUUCUUGAGAAAUUGUGGUGGAGCUUUUUCUUCGCGUAUUUGCAAUUCUGAUCGUGCUUUCAACCAUCCGCUCAAUGGCUCCAUUAAGUCCACAUAAAAACAUAAAGAAAUGCAGAAAAAAGAAUCAGCAUCAUUGGUUUAAGCAUGUUCCUAAAGAAUUGGUGACAGAGAUUCUUGCUCGAGUUGCCUCUUUAUCCGUCACUGAUCUCAUCAAUGCCAAAACAAGUUGCAAAGAGUUUUUUGAAGCAGCAUCAGAAGAUUAUGUCUUUGAGCAUGUGAAUAUCACUUCUUUCCCUGUCAUCCCAUGGUGGAUCAACCAUGGAGCUUCUUCUUUCUUGGAAAGGUGCAAGAAGAGUGAAAAUCCAGAAGCUUUAUUUAGACAAGGAAUGAUAGAUUAUUUCAGCACAUUAAAACAUGAUUCUGGACUAAAAUUCUUGAAGAAAGCAGCCAGUAAAGGGCAUGUGGAAGCUACAUAUGUCUAUGGUAUAAUACUUGUAUGCUAUGGUGGCAAACAUCAAAAUAAAGGAGUGAAGUUACUGUCUGAUUUGAAAAGAUCAAAAUCUAGUUUCAUUAUUACAGAAUGCAGAAGAAAAGUGCAAAAGAUUGUGCGGAUGAUGUGGGUGAAGAAUUACAUAGUUGGAAUUGGACAAACAGAAGAAAAAGAAAAGUUCCUGAAGAAGAGGAAAUCAUGCAAUUGUUGCAAUACAAAGGCACUGUGUUCUUUGGCCGGUGAUCAAACGAGAAACUAUUCAAGAUGGAAAUCUGAUGAAGAUUUUGAAGAUGACCAUUUUUCAUGCGAUUCUUGUUUAUGGGAUCUUGAAGCAAUGAAGUUUUGUAAGAUGCUAAGAACAGGAAGCUAUAGAUGAAUUAGGAUGGUGUUUUAGUAAUUUUGAUGAGUUAAUAUA